CAUGGGAGGUGUUGUCUCUCCUGGGGACAGGCCACCCUUGAGCUACUUUAAGACUGAAUGGAAGUGAGCAGCCUCCUAUGCUUAGGAGCCAAGGGCCUCCGAGGGUCCUCUGGUGCAGGCUGGCCUUGUGGGUUGCAGGAACCUGCCGCCUCGAUUCUUAUGACCUGGAAGCCGCCCGAACCCCUUCUGCAUUCCUGGAAGGGAGUCCUGCUUGCAUGCUUGCCAACAGUUAGGACCAGGAAGAGGAAAGAAAUGAGCCGUCAGACUGCUACAGCCUUACCCACUGGCACCUCAAAGUGUCCACCAUCCCAGAGGGUACCUGCCCUGACUGGCACAACUGCAUCCAACAAUGACUUGGCGAGUCUUUUUGAGUGUCCUGUCUGCUUUGACUAUGUGUUGCCACCCAUUCUUCAGUGUCAGAGUGGCCAUCUUGUUUGUAGCAACUGUCGCCCCAAACUCACAUGUUGUCCGACCUGCCGGGGCCCAUUGGGAUCCAUUCGCAACUUGGCUAUGGAGAAAGUGGCCAAUUCAGUACUUUUCCCUUGCAAAUAUGCCUCUUCUGGAUGUGAAAUAACCCUGCCGCACACAGAAAAGGCAGAGCACGAGGAACUCUGUGAGUUCAGGCCUUACUCCUGCCCCUGCCCUGGUGCUUCCUGUAAGUGGCAAGGCUCCUUGGAUGCUGUCAUGCCCCACCUGAUGCAUCAGCACAAGUCCAUUACAACCCUGCAAGGAGAAGAUAUAGUUUUCCUUGCUACAGACAUUAACCUUCCUGGUGCUGUUGACUGGGUGAUGAUGCAGUCCUGUUUUGGCUUUCAUUUCAUGUUAGUCUUGGAGAAACAGGAAAAAUACGAUGGUCACCAGCAGUUCUUCGCAAUUGUACAGCUGAUAGGAACACGCAAGCAAGCUGAAAAUUUUGCUUAUCGACUUGAGCUAAACGGUCAUAGGCGGCGAUUGACUUGGGAAGCGACGCCUCGAUCUAUUCAUGAGGGAAUUGCAACAGCUAUUAUGAAUAGUGACUGUCUAGUGUUUGACACCAGCAUUGCACAGCUUUUUGCAGAAAAUGGCAAUUUAGGCAUCAAUGUAACUAUUUCCAUGUGUUGAAACGGCAAUCAAAUAUUUCUGGCCAGUGUUUAAAAUUUGCAUUUGACUUCACAGAAAAUAAGGCACCCAUCUGCUUGCCAACCUAAAACUCUCCUGGUAGGUAGAAGCUAGAUACAUGAAGGUAAUUAAAAAGAAAGGCUGUUAAUACAGGAAACAGUUGCAUGUAGUAACACUAAUAUAUUUAAAAAUAAUUCAACAGUAAACCACUGAAAAAAUAUAUAUAUACCUAAGAUGGGCAUCUUUUGUAUUAAGAAAGGAAACAUUGUAAAAUAUUUCUGAACUUUGUGUUUGUUGUAGAUUGAUUGUAUUGUUGACAACAAUUUUUUGGGGGUGUGUGUGUCUGUGCACACAUGCGUGCACAUGUGUGGUUGGUUUUCCUUUAACUGACAAGCCAUCUGCGUGGUCAUGGACCACUGCUUUCCCCUUGUGAGUCAAUACAUAGUGCUGCUGUGUUUUUUGUGUUUUUUGUUUUUUUUUUUCCUUUUUUGUGUGUGUAUUUGCUAAUUUUUAUUAUAGUUUUUCAUUAAAUUUGACUUUCUUUUCUGUAAUUCAGGUUUUUCUCACUUUUGUACCUUUUAAGUUAGUGUCUUUUUGAUAUUCAUAAUUGCUUAUGUCAAAAGUUUGUGUUCAGUACAUACUUUCUUUUCCUUCAAUCAAUUUAUUAGAAAUAUUUUUAAUUCAGCCCUUUUGUGAAAAUAGGAAUUCCAGAAAGGAAAGGUAACAUGAGAACAGCAGUCAAAGCUGCAGCAGUAUAAGAUGGUCUUGUCUAUGUGAGUCACACCGCCAGGCUUACUCUUUGAAAGGUUAGGUUAGGGAGAAAAUCUGAUUCAUAUAAAUAUUAAAAACAAUCAGGCUUUCCUCUCUUCAAAUGUCUUGGGCGAAUCACAUGUUUAAAUUGGUUCUUGUAUUUAUUGGUUUUUCAAAAGAGUGCAUCAUCAUACACAGUAUUUGUAAUUAAAGUAAAUCAUUUGUUUUUUU